AUGCGCUCAAUAGUCCCACUCUCAACCUUACGUCCGCACCUGUCUCCCCGUCCAUUCCUGCGUCAGACACCUUUGUUGAUCCGAUACAACUCUACCACCUCGUCUCUCAAACCCAAAUCAACAGCUGAACCCACAACAUUCUCAUCGAAAUCUUCUCCUAGAACCACUUAUGACUCACCGGAAGCUUCGAGGGGCAUGCCACCGCCUACGUCGGGGUAUCAGCGUAAACGUGUAGAAGAACCUAGAUUCACCAGCUCAGGUCAAGGGGAGGAGGCUUUCAGUGGACCUAGUAGACCUAGAUUGAUUUAUGAACGGCCGGGUGAUAGAGACUUACCCAAGGUUGGGAAUAAGCUGCCCUUUGUCAUCGCUCUGGGAUUACUGGGACUUGGAUGGGGUGCGUUCCUACUACAUGCUACCAACGCAGAACGUCUCGCUUCCUCGGUCCUACGUCAGGUGACAUUCCAACUGCGAAAUUCGAAAGAGGUUAUAUCAGUCUUGGGUGAGAACGUACGAUUAGUAGAAAAUUGGUGGGCUCUCGGUCAACCUUGGAUCUCCGGAACUAUAAAUUUGAUGCAAGGUAGAGUGGAUCUGAGCUUCAGAGUAAAGGGUGAUAAAGGCGCUGGUACUGUAUACUUCACCUCCAUAAGACCGCAGGAGCAGGGUGCAUGGCGAAUUGUGCGAUACAAGAUCAUAGCGGAUGAUGGUGAAGUCGUGCGAUUGGAGAAUCUGGAAAGUUUCAAAACGAAAUUGUAA